AUGAACACGACCACCACUAGCGCACAGGGGUCCCUGAGGAGAGAUUUGGACCUGCUGGGGGUCCCUGAGGAGAGAUUUGGACCUGCUGGGGGUCCCCGAGGAGAGAUUUGGACCUGCUGGGGGUCCCUGAGGAGAGAUUUGGACCGGCUGGGGGUCCCUGAGGAGAGCCCAAAGCCUUCUCACACCAAGCCCAAAGCCUCUCUCCACCAAUCCCAAAGCCUCUCCUCCACAAGCCCAAAGCCUUCCUCACACCAAGCCAAAGCCCCUUCCACCAAGCCAAAGCCUCUCACACCCAAGACCCAAAGCCUUCCUCACACCCAAGCCCCAAAGCCUUCCUGCACACCAUCCAAAGCCUCUCCUUCCACCAAGCCCAAAGCCUUCCUCACACCAAGCCCAAAGCUCUCCUCACACCAAUCCCAAAAGCCUCCUCACACCAAGCCCAAAGCCUCCCUUCCACCAAGCCCAAAGCCUCCCGUUCGACCAGCCCAAAGCCUCCUCACCACCAAGCCCAAAGCCUCCCUUCCACCAAGCCCAAAGCCUCCUCACACCAAUCCAAAGCCUCCUCACACCAAGCCCAAAGCCUCCCUUCCACCAGCCAAAGCCUUCCUCACACCAAGCCCAAGCCUCCCUUCCACCAAUCCCAAAGCCUCCCUUCCACCAAGCCCAAAGCCUCCCUCACACCAAGCCAAAGCCUCCCUCCACAAGCCAAACCCUUCUCACACCAAGCCCCAAAGCCUUCCUCACACCAAGCCCAAAGCCUCCCUUCCACCAAUCCAAAGCCUCCCUUCCACCAAGCCCCAAAGCCUCCUUCCACAAGCCCAAGCCUCCCUCAACAAUCCACAGCUCCCCCAAGCCCAAAGCCUCCUCCCAACAAAGCCUUCCCACACCAAGCCCAAAGCCCCCUUCCACCAUCAAAAAGCCUCCUCCACCAAGCCCAAAGCCUCCCUUCACCAAGCCCAAAGCCUUCCUCACACCAAGCCCAAAGCCCUCCCUUCCACCAAGCCAAAGCCUUCCUCACACCCAAGCCCAAAGCCUCCCUUCCACCAGCCCAAAGCCUUCCUCACACCAAUCCCAAAGCCUCCUUCCACCAAAGCCCAAAGCCUCCCUCCACCAAGCCCAAAGCCCCUUCCUCAACCAAUCCCAAGCCUCCCUCCACCAAUCCCAAAGCCUCCCUUCACCAAGCCCAAAGCCUCCCUUCCACCAAGCCCAAGCCUUCCUCACACCAAGCCCAAAGCCUACCUUCCACCAAGCCCAAGCCUCCCUCACACCAAUCCCAAAGCCCUCCCUCACACCAAGCCCAAGCCUCCCUCCACCAAGCCCAAAGCCUUCCUCACACUCCCAAAGCCUUCCUCACACCAAGCCCAAAGCCUCCCUUCCACCAAGCCCAAAGCCUCCUUCGACCAAGCCCAAAGCCUUCCUCACAGCCAAGCCCAAAGCCUCCCUUCCACCAAGCCCAAAGCCUCCCUCACACCAAAUCCCAAAGCCUCCCUCACACCAAGCCCAAAGCCUCCCUUCCACCAAGCCCAAAGCCUUCCUCACACCAAGCCCAAGCCUCCCUUCCACCAAUCCCAAAGCCUCCCUUCCACCAAGCCCAAGCCUCCCUUCCACCAAGCCCAAAGCUCCUCAUGCACCAACCCAAAGCCUCCCUUCCACCAAGCCCAAAGCCUUCCUCACACCAAGCCCAAGCCUCCCUUCCACCAAUCCAAAGCCUCCCUUCCACCAAGCCCAAAGCCUCCCUUCCACCAAGCCCAAAGCUCCCUCACACAAUCCCAAAGCCUCCCUCACACCAAGCCCAAGCCUCCCUUCCACCAAGCCCAAAGCCUUCCUCACACCAAGCCCAAAGCCUCCCUUCCACCAAUCAAAAAGCCUCCUCCACCAAGCCCAAAGCUCCCUUCCACCAAGCCCAAAGCCUCCUCACACCAAGCCCAAAGCCUCCCUUCCACCAAGCCCCAAGCCUCCCUUCACACCAAGCCCAAAGCCUCCCUUCACCCAAGCCCAAAGCCUUCCUCACACCAAUCCAAAGCCUCCCUUCCACCAAGCCCAAAGCCUCCCUUCCACCAAGCCAAAGCCUCCUCCCUCUCUUCAACCCAAUCCCAAAGCCUCCCUUCCACCAAUCCCAAAGCCUCCCUCCACCAAGCCCAAGCCUCCUUCACCAACCCAAAGCCUUCCUCACACCAAGCCCAAAGCCUACCUUCCACCAAGCCCAAAGCCUCCUCACACCAAUCCCAAAGCCAUCCCUCCACACCAAGCCCAAAGCCUCCCUUCACCAAGCCAAAGCCUUCCUCACACCAAGCCAAAGCACUUCCUCACACCAAGCCCAAACUUCCUCAACCAAUCCUAAAGCCUUCCUCACACCCAAUCCCAAAGCCUCCCUUCCACCGAAGCGCCCAAAGCCUCCCUUCCACCAAGCCCAAAGCCUUCCUCACACCAAGCCCAAAGCCUUCCUCACACCAAGCCCAAAGCCUUCCUCACACCCUUGAGAAAUGA